CUGCAAACUCUGUACUCUUUAGAGCACAGAACUGCUGGUCCAACGGGUCAGCCUUGUUUCAAGUUCGAGAUCCACACCAUUGUGUUUCUAUCUUCUCGACUCCUCUCCUGAACAUCAAUACUGUCUUCUCGUGGCAUCCUUGUCAUGACUGCAACGGGGCUGUACUCGUACUCCGUACUUGCUUUGCAGAGCCAAGAUACGAUAGACUCACUGUGAGUUCGCAUCCGUCCUCGCUUCCCAGUGAUGGCGACAUGCCACGGCACCAUGCGUGAUCGACAUCCCCAUGGUUCGGGUGGAGAAUGGUUCCCACAAAAAGGUAAGACCUGUCGGAAACUCCUAGCAAUGCCCCGAGGAGGAACAGUGAAGUGGUCCUGGGGGAGGCUCCCCAAUGACUGAAGAACUAGGUAAUCCGUGCAUCUGAAUCUGGGAAGAUGGGCAAAUGAGUCUUGUUCCGAUCUCGCUCAUCCUGAUAGUGUGACUUUCACACUCUGACAAAGGGAGACCCGUUCUCUCCUUCUUCAGUCACUCCCUCCCAACAUGGGUUCUUCAAGGUCAGGUUCAUCCAGGUGCAGUGUCGAUAUUGCCACAGAAUUAUACUUUGAUGAGAAGCAUCCUUUAUACUCGGACGAAGAACAUGGCCAUAGUCAUGUCACCACCACGGGCGGCAUCUUCACCCGUACUCUUAUCUCCCAGAUCAGACUCUUGGUCAGAUGUUUGAUUCGAUAUUUGAGUGUGCUAUCUCCAAGCUUCUUACAUAUCAAUCCAAAAUCCGGACAAGAUGGAGGUGUCGGCCUUUCCUCCACCAUAUUCCUCGAUGGCAUGCGUGGUCUCGCCGCCUUUGUUGUAUUCAUCUGCCAUCUCACAUAUGGCUCUUUCGACGUUGGACACGCAUAUGGGGCUAGAGCCAGCUCGUCAAGAUCGACCUCGGUCGAAAACACCAACGACUCCAUAUUGCGACUUCCCAUCGUGCGCCUCUUAUAUUCCGGCCCACCCAUGGUCGCCAUCUUCUUUGUCGUCUCGGGCUUUGCUCUAUCUUUCAAACCGAUCAAGUUGAUGCACGCCCAACAACAUGAGGCUCUGAUGAAGAACACCAGUUCCUCGAUGUUUCGGCGCGGCAUCAGAUUAUUUUUCCCCUGCUUUGUGUCGACUUUCAUGGUGCUUUGUCUGGCGCAGCUUGAUCUCUACAAGCAAACAGAAGCCUUCUCGAAGCAAAUGCGUGGAAUAAAGGAGGACCAUUGCUACACACAGCCGGACUUGUGGAACCAACUCACCGACUACCUUGAGCAGAUUCAAAAUUUUGUCAAUGUGUUUGACUGGUCGCUCUAUUCUGGCUCCAUCGAGCUCGAUCGCCAUCUCUGGACUAUUCCUGUCGAGUACAGAUGCAGCAUGGUGUUGUUCAUGACACAUUUGCUGGUGGCUCGAAUGUCGAGUCGCUUGAGACUGUCAACUAUUGCCGCCCUGAUUGUGUGGGGAAUCUCAUGGAAUAGAUGGGAUAUGUGGCCAUUCUGGGCGGGCAUGGCCAUAGCUGAGUUGGAUCUGAUCCGAACAAAAUCGUCCCCAGGAACGGACAGAUCCUUGCUCUCCUAUCCCGGACUCGCUCAUGACAAGGUGGACUCUCGUGCAGAUACCAACCACCGUCGCUUCGAACGGCUGAGAAGUAACAUGUGCUGGAUCAUACUCGUUGUCUCUCUUUACCUUCUUUCAUUCCCCGACGCUGGUGGUCACGCUACACCGGGCUAUAUGACACUCAAUUACUGGAUCCCAGCGUCGUUUACUCAGAAGCAUCGAUUCUGGCCCAACGUCGGUGCAUCACUGCUUGUCUGGACAAUCUGCAAUCUUGAUAUACUCAGGGACCGAGUCUUCUGUUGGAGGCCAAUCCAAUAUUUAGGCAGAAUCAGCUUCCCUCUCUACGUCAUGCAUGGUCCAAUCAUCCAUACUUUGGGAUACAUGAUCCUACCACUAUCUCCAAAGGUGGAAACACCGGAAGCUUUAUGGGAUUUUCAGCUUGCUUUUCUCAAAGCCUCGGCUUUCAUUGUAAUUGCAGUUAUGUGGGCGGCGGAUAUCUUUAUGAGGGUGGUUGAUACUCCUUGUGUGCAUUUGGCACAACGUCUAGAGAACUAUUUUUUCAUUGAGUAA